AUGUCAUCAGCAAUAAGUCAAAGACUUAAAGCAUAUGAAGUAAUAUGUGAUCGUUUUGGAUUUUUUGGACAAUUAAAUAAUCUUAGCAACGAAGAAUUACAAGAAGCAGCUAAAAAACUUGUAGCUGUAUACGAUGAUGACUUAGACGAAUUGUUGUGUGUUGAAAUAAUUAAUUUUUCUGAAUUUAUAAAACUUUAUUCCAAGCCAACAGAAAUGAGUAAUGAGCAUUUUAUGUACAAAACUUUAAUUGAAAAAUACGUAAUAUCAGCUUUUCCAAAUGUUGAAAUCGCAUUACGCAUGUAUUUAGUAAUUAUGGUCACCAAUUGUAGUAGUGAACGCACAUUUUCAAGAUUGAAAAUUAUAAAAAAUAGAUUACGAACUACAAUGAAUGAAGAUCGUUUGAACUUUUUAUCAGUUAUGAGCAUUGAAAGUGAUGUGUUGGAUAAUCUGUCAUUUGAUGAUAUUAUAGAUGACUUUGCAGAAAAGAAAUCAAGAAAAGUAUGCAAUUUAUAA